UUUGAUCACAGCGCGGUCCGGACGCGUUUUAAAAAUAAUAUUAUUAUUUCGAUAACAUUAUUACAGUGUAAUUACGAUAUAUCGGUUAAUUAUAGUCCCGUAGCGAGAUACGUAGCGGCCGUCUACGAGUUGUACAGUUGCGUGCGCGUACGCAGUGCGUUCAGAUAGUGCUCGAAAAAAAUUCAGAAGAAUGGCCACCAAAGACGUACAAAAUGUAGAGGGCGGAAAUACGAACUCCGCACCGGAAGCAGAGGCCCCAACUAGCAAAGUUUCCCGCCUGCUCGGAACAAGCUCACUAAUCGGGUUAUCCGAUGUGACGGAUAACAAGCUGUUCUGGAGGCAGUUGGUGGCGGAGCUCCUCGGGACCUUCCUGCUGACGUCCAUCGGUGUAGCUGCCUGCAUCGCCAUCGAGAAUGCAGAGGCACCGAAAGUUACCAGCAUCGCCUUGUGUUUUGGUCUACUAGUCGGCUCUAUUGUGCAGGGCAUCGGCCAUGUAUCAGGCGGCCACAUAAACCCGGCGGUGACAUGCGGACUGUUCGCGGCGGGAGACAUCAAACUGCUCAAAGCCAUCUUCUACAUCGUUGUACAGGCUCUGGGAGCCACUGCUGGUGCUGCUUUCAUUCGGUUGGCCGUACCUGAAAAUAGGGUGCUGUCAUUUGGAAUGACCCUUCCAGGAACUGGAGUGACAGAUGGACAGGCGGUGCUAGUGGAAGCUCUGAUCACGUUCGUGCUAGUGUUAGUGGUGCAGGGCGUAUGUGACGCACGCCGCAACGACCUCAAAGGAUCUGCGCCACUUGCGAUUGGCCUCAGCAUCACCGCCUGCCACGCUGCUUGCAUACCUUUCACCGGCUCAAGCAUGAACCCCGCGCGAUCUUUCGGCCCCGCUCUCGUCAUGGGAGUAUGGACUUCGCAUUGGGUAUACUGGGUUGGUCCGAUCGCGGGCGGCGUCAUCGCAGGGCUGGUCUACAGGUUCAUUCUGCGCAUCGGCAAGACGGGCGACAGUGGUUCAUACGAUCUAUAAAUAAUCCAUCGACUACCACGCAUAUACACACCAUGUGCCUUAUUUAUACUGUUUCUCGUGUAACGCGAUAUUAAUGUGUAUUUGCAUUACUAAAGGUAUAUAGUUUCUGCGCAGUAGAGAGUGUUUGAGCAGCCAGGUAUAUAACAAGGAAGAAUCCUUUUCCCAUUACGAUUUAUUGCUUAUAUACAAUGAAACUAAGCGCUAGUUCAGACACGGCGACAGCCGAGCGAUUGUAGAAUCGCAUGGAAUUUUCGCAUGAUUAUAGAAUCGCGCGGAUCUUAUUUAUAUGAGUUAUAAGUAACCGUUCAGACACAACCGCGCGGUUAAUCAAGCCAGACAAUAGAAUCGCGCUGCUCCCGCGCAUUACUAUGCAGUCCUUACUUCACGUUCAGUUGCGUUGCGGAUACCGCGUAGUUAGCACGUCACAGCUCGUCAGUUCGCCAUGGAUCAUUUCGACACUAAACUUUUUAAUUAUGAAAUUGAGAAGAAACCUGGAAUAUGAGAUCUUCAGUGUGAAGAUUACUCAAGUUUUUUUAAGGAGCAACUACAGGAAACACACACACUUCUUCGUCGACCUCCAUUUUUAAACUGACGUUCACCCGAAAGGAAAAUCGCAUAAUAACCGCCGGUGUCUGAAUAGCAUCACAAUUUUGCGGGUUCAAACCGCGCGAUUAGUAAACGCGCGGUUCCCGCAUGUGUGAACUAGCGCUAAGAGAUAUUUUAUUAUUAAAUUUUAAUGUGGAUGCCAUAAUAAGUUAAGUAGGGUUCCAUAGUAAAAAACUUUUUUAACAGCCAUAAAAUAUUGUACUCAUCAUCGCUGAUUUAAUGGUCAGAGUCGGAGUGCUCGUUAUACAUGAAAUAAUUACCAACCCUAAAGCUUCUUUAUUACUCGAUGUUGCAGAAGUAUCUUUUAAUUUUUAUUUACCCUGGUCAAACACUCUGUACUAUUGCACCUAUAUAUGAAACCUAUUGUGCUUAUGCAAUGUUAGAUAGUAGAAAAAAGCACUAACCUUGUGACUAUCAUAUAGCCGCUAUUAUGGUCGCUAUUGGUAGAUUUAUUUUACUCUCGCUCCAAUUAGGUUCUUUAUAGGUAUGUUUUAGGUGACCAAGACAUCUUUGAGGAUUUAUCGAAUGAAGUCAAAAAUAACUAUUAAUCUUUUAACAGAAAAUCAAAUUUACCUAUCUAGGAGGAGCACCAUUUUUCACGGUUUAUAAUCUGUAUAAUGCACAUAUUUUAAGCACUGAGAUAUAUAAAUUGGGUACUUUAAUAUCUACACGAGUUACAGUCUCAUUAUAAGCUCAUUGAUAUAAACUUAUUUUAUGCGCUGUUAUAUAUAAUCAUAGUUACAUUUUAUAUAAUAAGGUUUAUUAAUGGGCUUGUUAUGUUACUUUUUUUAAACAUUUAAUAAAGUAUUUUAAACUGUUUUUAAAUUCCAAAGUCGAUGUAUAACAUCGAGUGUCAAAAUUAAUGCAGGUGCAAAAGUUUUAAUGAGGACAAACUGUAGAUAAGACGCAAAGUUUUUAUAGUAGCGAAAUAAAUUUUUGAUGUAAAAUUUGUCAAAAAAUUCAAUAACUGUCAAAAUUUACGUCACAAAAUAAUUUUCGAAAAGCCCGAUUGGAUCGUUAAAAAAAGAAAAAACGCAGUGAUCCAAAGUAUUUUAUAACGCCUAAAAGCGCUUCUAUAAUUUGUUCUUAUCACGACGUUAGAUGAUUAUAAGUUAAAUGCCGAAACCAUUUGCCUUUUUGGAAAAUAUUCUUGAAAAGUUUCUUACGGAAAGCCGAACUGAAAGAGUCGCCCGGAAUGUUUAAAAAUAGCGAGAAUACUGAAUACUUUUUCCAGAUUUUGGUUCGAUCUCAAGAAAGUCUUUUCACGAUUUCACAAAACACUACAAAUAAGUUUAUUUAAAUUUUAACAUGACAUUUGCCCAAAUAAAUAAUGAUUAUUAGCUUGGAUGAAUCUUAAACUGAGGCUACACAAUACAAGAAACGAUAUGCGAUCCAUACAUCGCGCAUACUAAAUCAUACCACGCUGAUUUGUAUGGAUUGCCUGUCACGAUAUACCUUAGUCUCGAACCUACAUCGCUGCCUGAUUUUUAUCUCAAUUUACCUACUCUUAGUAACAUCUAACGUCUUUAUGCCUCAUUAAUUUACUUCGAGCAAAUACCCGGACGAUUGUUUGUGAGAUAAGUUAUAUUAUUUAGUUAUUUAAGAUAGGGUUUACAAAAGUAUUAAGUCUAUUUAUGCUAUGUGAAUAAAAUAAGUAUAUGGAUAAGUUAAGAAAGAGUUCAUUAUUACGAAUACCAGGUUUGACGUGAGCUGGAUUUUGUUUGUAUGUAAAACAUAACACUCACGAUGUUUAAUGCGAAAAUAAAUAAUACAAAGAUA